UUGUUACUAUUUUAUUAUAUGCUGUGCUAUUUGGAUUUAGCCAACAGUAUGAACCAAAAACUGAAAAGCUGGCUUGUAGAAAUGCCUUAUUUUGUCUUGUACACUCAAAUUCCAAUUGAGAAGUGCCAAUCUUGUUAGCUUGUUGUUGCUUAUGAGUUUAGUUCUCUUCACCAAAUGAUUAUAAAAAUCAACAUCAUUUGGAAUUUGGAAUGUCUUUUUCACAUAGCUUGGUUUGUUCCGACAAUUUAUCGGUAUUAUACCUACCCUGUUUCCAUAGGAUCCAUCAACUUGUUAACAUUAUCUUCACAACAGCUUUACUUAUUUAAGUGUUGUUUCUUUCUUUGUCUAUAAGCUUUGGCAGAGUUCUCUCUGCAAUGCCUGGGAAAUUCAGAGAGCAGCCAAGUUCCAGUAUGGCUUCGAAUCGUUCCGAUUGUUCAUCGAAGGAGAGACUGAAAUGGACUCAAGAGCUUCAUGAUCUGUUUGAGAAGGCAGUUAGUCAGCUCGGAGGUCCGGAAAGAGCAACACCAAAAGGAAUUUUGAAGGUUAUGGGGAUUCCUGGUCUAACAAUCUUCCAUGUGAAAAGCCACCUACAGAAAUACCGUAUGUCAAAAUUUGUACGUGAAGACCCUGAAAUUGGCAAGUUUGAAAGGAGAAGCAUAUCAGAAAUUUUGCCAAACUUCAGUGUUACAGCGUGAGUUACUGUUCCAUUCCUUAUUAAU